UGCAUCAUUAAUCAGAGAGAGAGAGAGAGAGAGAGAGAACAUGCACAAAUGUUAGUUCAAGCUGCCCGUGGAAAACGGAAAUGUUCAGUGUUCAGAGUGGCUUGCACAUUUCACUCUGACAUCUCACUAUCAUGUUUUUCAAUAUGAUAGUGGUUAGGCAAUGCAGAUAAUUUUUUUCUUUUUUCUCUUGCUUUCUUCAUUUUUCUUUUGGCUUUCUUUUAUUUUGUUUUCUAUUUACUCUUUCCUUCCAACCUUUAUCCCUCCUUUGUUUCUCUUGUGCUUUCUUUCUUUCUUUUUUUUUUGGUAGGGAUUUGUAGUGAAGAGAGAUUGGAUUAGUUUUUCUCAGAACAAAGAACUUAAAUUGAUCAGUAGCAUCCAUGUUGGAGUGGCUCAUAAUGAAUUAUUUGGAUAUCUAUGGAGAAAACAGAAAGAAGUUGAAAUGGCACGAAUGAAUCAAAGCAGCCGGAUUCCCCAUGGCUUCCUAAAGAGACCCUGUUGCUCUGAUUAAAGAAUUUUAAUGGCACUGGAGGAAACAGUUUUGGGAACAAGUGCUUGUUCAACACAGUUUCAGUACUUGUACACUAUCUUCCCCUCAGGAACCAGUUUGGAAAUGGAAAACAAAUGACAACGAGUCAAUGCCUCCAAGACUUUGAGACAACCUGGGAAAACAUGGAUGAGCUUAACAGCAGUGAAGAAGUCAGGAGUAAAAACUGGUUUGAAGUUUCGAGGGAUGAUGAUUUUUGUAUAAGAUACAUUGAUGUUUAUAGUCAAAUGAUUUUAUUUACUGAAAGCAUUUCAUUGAAUAAAUACUGAGCACUUACUUGUGUUUUCCACAGUCCUUGGUGCUGUUUUAAGGCAAGUAAACAAAAUAUACAAGAAUCCUUGUUCUCUUGGACUUUGCAUUCUAGUAGGGAAAAUAUAUGAAAAAAAAAAGUAAUAAUCAAAGAGUAUGUUAGUUAUGACUGGAAAUGAGUAAAAUAAAUACUAAAGGGAGAUAGGAAGAGUUAGAGGUGAGCUUCAGUUUUAAAUAGGUAGAUAAGGGAAAGAAAACCUCAUGAAAAUGUUCCACUUGGGUAAAGAUCUGAAGGAGGCAAGGAAGUAAGGCACAUACAUAACUAGGUUAAAGCAUUUCAGGCACAGGAAUCUGCCAAUUCAAAUGCUUUGAGACGAAAAUAUUAUUGGUCUGUUCACCUCACAGCAAGAAUGAUAGAAUUGCUGGAGCAGAGUUCAAAGGGGAGAAUCAUAGAAGGUGACGUCAGAAGAGUAACCAGGGGCCAGAUCGGAUAGGUGACAUAGGCUGUUUGUUGUAAGAACUUUUAUUUUCUCUCUGAGUAAGAUGAACAUACAUUAGGAGAUUUAUCAAAGACACAACAUGAUCUGACAAGAUAUGCCAUAUUUCAUUUUAUUUUAGUACAUAUAUAAUGUUUAUUGUAGACAUUAUACAAGAGUCUGUAAUAGCACCUAUAGAUCCUAUAAUAGGAACUAUCAUUAUGUCCUCAUCCAGGAUCACUUCCCAGAAAUAAGAGCUUCAAGAGCAAAAAUUUGUCAACAUUUUAAGAUGUUCUGACUUUGUUUUCAACACAUAACUGAGAAAGUCCCAGGAAGCUGACCCAUCCAAGUCAAUCAUCUCUGAAGAGUUAUAGACACACUAAGUACUAGAGUAAACCUUUCAUCUAUGUGAGCCAAAAAAAGAGAAAAACAACCUGCCAAACACCAGUAAAGAGAUGACUAUCAUCGUAUGGGAAUUUGAAGAGCUUCUAUAUGGCACAUUCAUGAUCCAAAUGGGAGAGGAUCAGCCCUCAUGAUGUCUCAGAAGGCCUUUUAACUGAGUAACAAGAAGGGGAAGUUAUAAUAGCUUGUCAUCUGUGCUUGCACAUUAUACUUCCAGGUAGUUAAUGUAGACAAAUUCAAAGCAAACAUGCAGACAGUUCUUUGAAAAGCCCCCAAAUCAUGUUUAGAAGCUCUGACCAAUGCAAUAAAAAGGAAGUUAUUCUAUAUUCAGUUUCUCCAGCCCAUCAAUGAUCAAUCUUUCAGAAAGAGCAGUAGUAGAUCGUAAAUUUAGAUUUUUAACCACCAUUUAGCAAAGGCAGCUUCUCUAGAAACAAACAUGACUGCUAAUGACACAUGUGCUGAGAUCAAUAGAGACAAUACAGAUUCCCGAUACUUCAUCUAUGCUGUGACAUACACUGUCAUUCUUGUGCCAGGUCUCAUAGGGAACAUAUUAGCCUUGUGGGUAUUUUAUGGCUAUAUGAAAGAAACCAAACGGGCUGUGAUAUUCAUGAUAAACCUGGCCAUUGCUGACUUACUACAAGUCCUCUCCUUGCCCCUGAGGAUCUUUUACUAUUUGAAUCAUGACUGGCCAUUCGGGUCUGGCCUCUGCAUGUUUUGUUUCUAUCUGAAGUAUGUCAACAUGUAUGCAAGCAUCUACUUCUUGGUCUGCAUCAGUGUGCGGAGAUUUUGGUUUCUCCUGUACCCCUUUCGCUUCCAUGACUGUAAACAGAAGUAUGACCUAUACAUCAGCAUUUCUGGCUGGUUGAUAAUCUGCCUUGCUUGUCUGCUAUUUCCUCUCCUCAGAAGCAAUGAUGACACCCCUAGCCACAGAACCAAAUGCUUUGUGGAUCUUCCUACCAGGAAUGUCAAUCUAGCUCAGUCUGUUGUCAUGAUGACCAUUGGCGAGUUGAUUGGGUUUAUCACUCCUCUUCUGAUCGUCCUGUUUUGCACCUGGAAAACAGUUUUAUCACUGCAAGAUAAAUAUCCUGUUGCGCAAGACCUUGGAGAGAAAAAGAAAGCCUUGAAGAUGAUUCUAACAUGUGCAGGAGUUUUCCUAAUUUGCUUUGCACCUUAUCACUUCAGUUUUCCUUUAGAUUUCCUGGUCAAGUCCAAUGAAAUUAAAAGCUGCCUAGCCAGAAGGGUGAUUCUAAUAUUUCAUUCUGUUGCCUUGUGUCUUGCUAGUCUGAAUUCCUGCCUUGACCCAAUCAUAUACUACUUUACCACUGAUGAGUUCAGAAGACGGCUUUCAAGACAAGAGUUCCAUGAUAACAUAAAACUCCAUGCAAAAUCACUUGUGUGCAACCACACCACAUCUAUCGUGUCAACUGAAUUAUGUUAAAUUAAAAAAAAUGGAUGUGGACUGAAGUAUAUUAGAACAUAUUUGCAAUACUCCUACCUACUGGGAAGUAAUCACAGCAAGCAAUCAAAGCUUUUCAGUUAUGCUCUAUCUUAUCUAUAUGAAGAUUUCAUGUCUUCAUAACACAAUCUAUUUAGAGCAUUAUAUUCCACUAUCAUUAAUGUUGAUAUGUCCUUGUAGUAAUUUAUCAUAAAGUCUUUAAGAUUUAAGCUCUAAAAUUUCAGUGACAUUCUAUAUGCACAUGCUUUCAGCAGGAGUCAGUAGUUUUAUCUGGGAACCUAAGAUACAGAGAAAUAAUUAGCUUGAACUAAUUUUAAGCACUUGGUUUUGUUACAAUGGACACUGAAUUUCUUUGUAUUUAGAAACAAUGUAGUUGUCUAUUUAUACUAGUAAUCACAGUUUAUAUCCCAAUAUCAUGUUUUAGUUGUCUUUUUUUUUUCAGUUGUCUUUAAGUAGGAUAGGCAAUAUAUUAUUUUGUGAAACGGUGUUAUAAACAUGGACCAUUUUGAUCUCCUAUAUGUGAUUAUACUCUUGAGUUUGAAGACUCAAAUAGCUAUUUCCUUCAUUUAAGUAUCAGUAUGAAAAAUCAUCUAUCACAUCUAUUAAUAGAAUGAAAAUCUGAACUCAGGCCUCUGAUAUGUUUAAAAUAAGAACAAGAAACUAAUUCACAUACUGUCUAUGACUGUAUAAAUUGCCAUAUUUAAUCUAUCCCAGACAGAUAGCUUAUCAAAGUUCGUAUAAUGUGACCCACAUUGUCUUUAAAGGUCCAGGAGAAAGCAGAUGCAUGAUAAUCACAGUUCUGAUUCUCUUAAACUAUUUCCAGACAGCACCUUUGAAGAUGUAUAUAUCUUUCAAAUAAAGAAAGUGUCCACUAUGCUUCUAGAGUGACAUUGAGGUACCUGAGAGGUUACUGCACUUUCUGAGCCUAUACAAGAAACAGUGCACUAAGUUUAGGCAAGACCAAAAAGAUAAAAGU